AUGGCCCGCGCGCAGUGGCUCCGCGCGGCGGUCCUGGGCGCCAACGACGGGCUCGUCUCCGUGGCGUCCCUCAUGAUCGGCGUCAGCGCCGCCAACGGCAAGGGCGCCGACGGCGGCAGGACGAUGCUCGUGUCGGGCCUGGCCGGGCUGGUGGCGGGCGCCUGCAGCAUGGCCAUCGGCGAGUACGUCUCCGUGUACGCGCAGUACGACAUCGAGGUGUCCCAGGCCAAGCGCGAGGACGACGACGGCCCCGGCGCCAAGGCCAAGGAGAACCUGCCGAGCCCGGCGCGGGCCGCACUGGCGUCGGCGCUGGCGUUCGCGGUGGGCGCGCUCGUGCCGCUGCUGGCGGGCGGAUUCGUGAGGCCGUGGGGCGCCAGGGUCGGGGCCGUGUGCGCGGCCACCACCCUCGGGCUGGCGGGCUUCGGGGCCACCGGCGGGUACCUGGGCGGCGCCAGCAUGGCGAGGUCCGGGUUCAGGGUGCUCGCGGGCGGGUGGCUCGCCAUGGCCGUCACGUACGGCGUGCUCUGGCUCUUCGUCAAGCUGUUCCACAUUCAAGUCUCGUCGUUGGCAUGAUGCGCGUGAUUAUGUGGGUUGGCAGGUCAUCGCGGGUUUCCCGAAAUAUUACUCGAUUACAUCUAGCUCGUAG